AUGGGCUCUCUGACUCAGUCUUUGUCUUUUGACGUCAACAAAGUCGCCAUUAUCGGUGUAGGUCCAACAGGAAUUGCUGCUGCGAAAUACCUCAUAGCACAGGGCAUCUGUGAUAUCACCAUUUUCGAACAACAGUACCAUGUUGGUGGUAUUUGGCGUUACUACGGCUUGGCUGCUGGAACUUGUCCCGUUACCCAGGAGGAUCCCCAUCAUCCUCCAGAUGCGCCACUCCAGUGGGAUCCGACAUCAGCACCAAUAUUCACAUCACCAAUGUACGAGAGCCUUCACGCUGAAAUCCCGAAGGAAGAAGCCCGCUUUUUUAUCUGUGCGGCAUCCUACACCUCCAGACCGACUGCAUCACUUGGAUGCGAAGAAAUGGCUGAAAUCGAGGAGUUCCUGGUUGAGGAGAAGGGCGUUCUUUUCAGAGACGGCCGGCGCGAGACAGACGUUGAUGCCAUUGUAUUCUGCACUGGGUUCCCUUAUAGUUACCCGUUUCUCCGGGAUCUAGACCACAAACUCAUUACUACAGGUCGAGGCGUACACGGUCUAUACCAACAUGUUUUUCAUAUCCGGCAUCCUACCCUCGUCUUCCCUGGCCUCAACAUGAAAGCAGCUCCUUGGCCUCUGGCCGAGAGCCAAGCCGCUCUCUUCGCGGCGUAUGGAACUGGAAACGCAGACUGGGGGUGCUUUGCACAUGUUUGGCCCCGAUGGAGACGGCUCUACAUCAACAGGUUGCAUGAUCUGGUCAUGACAGCUAAGCAGCCAGGAAAGGAGCCGCCUCACUGGGAUCGUGAGCUGAUGUGGCAGCGUAGCGUUUUCCUUGACGCCAAGGUAAAAUUUGAGCAACUCGGCUGCAAAGCACGAACCAUGGAGGAGGUUGGAUUUUACUACAAACCCGACGACACUCAGACAAGUACCGCGUGA